UGGGUACCGCGGAUAUGCACAGUACGGACCGAGUGUCGCUCGGGAGAGUGACAUUUAAAAUCCACGACUGAGGAUACAACGACGACGACGACGACGACGAAGUAGAGGUAGAGGAGGAAGACGAGCAAAACGACGGGGUUGACAGGCACGCUGACAGUCUCGACAGCCUCCGGGCACAUGGGGCAUUGAGCAUCGCCGAGCCGAGGGCACGUUCGAGAAGCAGGCGAUCAUGGAUCUCAACAACGAUCUGGACCAACACUUGCUGCACCAGUUCAGCUGCCUGGGCACCACGGACAAGGACGACCUGGUGAAGCAGCUGCAGAAGCUGCUGGCCGACAGCCACCUGAACGAGACCACCGCCGCGUUCUUCCUUGACAUGAACAAUUGGAAUCUGCAAGCGGCGAUUUGCAGCUACAUCGACUUCGGGAAUCCCUUCAAUACACCGUGCAUGACGUUGAUAUGUGACAGUACGAUCGGCGAGGGUGAGGCUGUUCCGCCCAAUACAAACUUUCAGAAGUCAUGGCGCGUGCAGAACAGCGGCACGGAGGCAUGGCCCAGCGGGAUCCACCUGCAGCAUUCCAGCGGGGUGCAAAUGGGCUGCGCGCGAAUACCUGUUCCGCCGUUGGCCCCCAAGGAGACCACGGAGUUAAGCGUGACGUUGAAAAGUCCAGCCGAGGCCGGCGUCCACAGUAGUAAAUGGAGGAUGAUGACGCCCAACGGUGUCUACUUUGGUGAUGUUAUCUGGGUGAUCAUAACGGUGAGUGAAUACGGUACAUUGGCAGUCACUCAACAGUUGCAUCAGUUAAGUACACAGUCGAAUGAUGUGCAAAUGUGCUAGCCUUUGACGUACAAAAGUCUCCCCUAAGAAGGAUUUACGGAAUAUUGUAAGACGUCUCUCUCGGAUCGUUAUAAGAAAUCGAACAGUUGUUUCUAAAUUUGUAUAGAUCGCUUUUUUCACAACGGAGCUUUUUGCCGCUCCUGCACCUCAUAAACAAAACAAAACAAAAAAAAGAAAUUGCUGUGUGUAGCGGAGAUAUAUCAUUAAUAAAGGAUGCAAUAGAUUUGGC